AUGGCUCGCAAAAUCCUCUGCGUGGCUGAAAAGCCUGCCAUUGCUCGUGCUGUGGCCACUCAUUUGUCCGGAGGUUCUUUCCAAACACAUUCCAUUCGUGGGAACCAAUAUGUGAAGAACUACGAAUUCAACUUCAAUUUCGGGGGAGCUUGGGGUGACUGCGCCGUCACGGUGACCAGUGUGGUGGGCCAUCUCACCGGUCUGGACUUUGAUCGCCAGUACAAAGGCUGGCAAUCAUGUCCUCCUGGGUCACUCUUUGAAGCCCCUGUUCAGGAAGCCGUUGACAAGGUUAGGAAAUGUCUAUGGUUGUUUCGUUCCAGUGCUGAUGUUUGUAACAAGGACAAACUCCCAAUUGCUGAAAACAUUCGAAACCAAGCCAAGUAUGCCAAAGCACUUUUCAUCUGGACAGAUUGUGAUCGCGAAGGUGAGCAUAUCGGCUCUGAGGUCCGUAAUCAGGCGAAAGCAGGAAAUGGUCGGAUUGAGGUCAAGCGGGCCAGGUUCAGUAACACGGAACGCGCUCAUGUCCGCCAGGCUGCUCUAGCACCAAUUGACCUUGACGAGUAUCAGGCCAAUGCUGUGGCUGCCCGAAUCGAAUUGGAUCUUCGGAUUGGUGCUGCAUUCACUCGCUUGCAGACCCUGCAGCUGCAGACGGUCGUGGCUGCUUUAAAGGAAAAGGUUAUAAGCUACGGAUCAUGUCAGUUUCCUACGUUGGGAUUCGUUGUUGACCGAUACUUGAGAGUCAAAAAUUUCAAACCCGAAAACUUCUGGGGACUCAAGGUCAUUAUAAAUCGGGAGGGCAAGAAAGUCAACUUCCUUUGGAAACGGGUGCAUCUCUUUGAUAGAGCUGUCGUGACAAUGAUGCUGGAGCGCUGCCUUGUUGCAAAACAAGCAAAAGUCACAAAAGUUGACCAGAAGCCCAAAAGCAAAUGGCGGCCUUUGCCUUUGACCACUGUUGAUCUGCAGAUGAUGGGCAGUAGAUUCCUUCGCAUCGACAGUCAAACGAUUAUGAAGGUGGCAGAGACACUCUACACGAAGGGGUAUAUUAGUUAUCCCCGAACAGAAACAGAUCAGUUCGACAAAGCAAUUGAUCUGAAAAAACUAGUGGAGAAGCAAUAUCCCGAUAGCUCGUGGGGCCAAUACGCUCGAGAACUUAUCGAUGGCAAAUUUAAAACUCCUCGCUGGGGCCGUAACAACGACAAAGCCCAUCCCCCUAUCCACCCAGUAAGCUGGGUUUCUCCAAGUUCGCUCAAUGUGAACGAGAAAAAAGUCUACGAAUUUGUGGUCCGUCGGUUCCUCGCCUGUUGCUCUGAUGACGCAAAGGGUCAGAGUUCGGAGGUUGAGAUCAAGUACGGCGAUGAAUACUUCCAUGCAAACGGCCUCAUUGUAUUGGAGCGAAAUUACUUGGAUGUAUACGUCUACGACAAGUGGGAAAGCAGCCAGCAGCUACCGAAUUUUGAAAGGGAUGAACUAUUUGAGCCCACAGAGGCCAAUCUUUUCGAGGGCAAGACAACCGCUCCAAACUAUCUCACUGAGCCCGAACUUAUUGGCCUGAUGGAUGCCAAUGGGAUUGGUACUGAUGCCACCAUGGCGGAGCAUAUUGCCAAGAUCAAAGAACGAGAGUACGUUGCCGUGAAUACACGGGGCAGUGGACGCUCUUCAGUUUCCGAACUUAUCCCGACGCGCUUAGGGGUUGCCCUUGUCGAGGGCUAUGACAAUGUUGUUGCAGGUCUUCCAAAUAGUGUGUCUCUCAGCAAACCAUUCCUCCGAAAAGAAAUGGAAUUGCGAAUGCUCGAGAUCUGUUCGGGCACUAAAACCCGUCAGGAGGUCGUACAGCAAAGCCUUGACAUGUAUCGAGAAGUGUUCAUUCAUACACAGAGACGUAUCAACAUGCUCAAAACUGCCUGUCGCAAAUAUCUUGUUGAAGCACCUGAGUCGUGA